AUGGGCUCAAAAAAUAAUUUAAAUUUUAAUUUGAAAAGAAUCCAAGAAAAUCAAGUACUUAAGACACCAGAAUACUAUAUUCUAAUACAGCAAAUAAAAAUGCUCAUAUUUGAAGAUUGUUUACUCUGAAACGCACUAUUUCAAAUUUCUCAUAGAAAAAUUGCUUCUAACGUAAAAAUUAAUCCUUUGAUGGUAAAUGAUUAUAUGAAUUUUCUAAGCAAAAUGUUAAAAUAA